AUGUCUUCCGAAGCGGCACCUCCUCCGCAAAAUGUAUACGAACUGGACAUCCCCAAGUUGCAUGCGCUCCCCUCUGAACAACAGGAGCUGUACAUGCUCACAUUCACCUCCGAUCUAGUACAGUACAUAUCAGGAUUGGAAUCAGCACAGGUGUCAUCGCAGCAGAAGGAUCUCAAAAAGGAAUUGUUCAAAAUCCUAAACCUCCCCUCACCGACGAUUACUCGAGUCCUCCGCAACAACCUCGGACGAUGCUUUGGCGCAAUACUCAGCAAAGGAGAUCGUGGGAUUCUCUUCGAAACAAUCACCGACCUCCUUGCGAUCUUGAAUGCCGGCAAGAGCGAAGCUGAAAUCAAGGCCAAAUUCGCCGCGGCGCAUUGCCUCGGGGAGGUCUUUGCGACAGCUGGCGAGAGCGCGUUCAUGCAAUCGAAUAUCGCCACCUCAACAACACUCAAGCUCCUGAAAUCAGCAAGCAACCACACUGGAUUCCGUGGUGUAAUCUUCGCAGUGCUGCGCAAGAUCGUCAUCGGAAUCGGGGUCCCAAUCGACGAGGCAACUGCUCGUGACAUCUGGAAGCAGGCCCGCAGUGCGGCCACGAGUGACAAAUCUACUUUCGUCCAGGUCAAUGCCUGUCGCUGCCUGGAGCAGUUGAUUGCGACAACCCCGUUCUUCGAUAAUACAAAUGACUUUGAAUAUCUCAAAACAUUGGUGUGGAAGGUUAUCGACAGCCCCGCUGCGCCGGUGCGACAUGCUGCAGCUGCGGUCCUGGGUCGAGCAUUGGUCAAAUUGCAUGCUACAGAUGCGCAUAUUACUGCCGCCCCGAAGCCGAAGUCGAAGAAGACGAAACGCAUGUCGAAGAAACCUGGAGCGGGGCUUGCAGAUGAGGAGGAGGCAGAAAUGUCAGAGUCGCCUGCGCCCAAGAAGGCCGAGUCGCGCCUGUACUUCCUCCUUCCGGAUUUGCUGAGGCAAUUAUCCGCUCAAUAUCUGAAGAGUACGACCUCAAAUCGCGCACGUGCUGGAAUUUGUAUAUGCUACAAGUAUGUGCUGCGAAACCUUGGCGACAAGAUCGUGGAAGAGCGUUAUGGACAAAUCGCAAACAAUUUGCUGGUCGACCUUCUGAAUCACCCGACGAUCACCUAUAAUCGGUUCCGUCUGCUUAUGACCCGGAAGUUCGUUAAGAGCAUUCUUGAAGAUACCAUUGGCCAGGAAUUGUUGCGCGAGAACAGCCAAAUCAAUGCUGCUAAGUGGUUGAUCAAUGACAUUCUCAAAGACUAUCCCCAGGUUAUCCAAGAACGCCGUGAGCCAAGCAAGUACACACUGACGAGUGCGGUCAGCGCUCUUUCAUCAUUGAUUUCAUCACUUGGCUCCGCCUUCAGUGCCCUAGCCGACAGCUGCAGAGAUGCUUUGCUUCAAGUACUUCCCCACCCAAGCUACACGGUUCAAGUGCAUGUGGCGCAUUGUCUGCGAAACUUCGUUCUAGCCUCCCCUCACCAACUAAUUUCAUGUGUCACCAUUUGCAUGAACAGCCUGAACAGAGAGAUUGGCCAGCUUGGAACACCACGCCAGUCACCUCGUCGUUGUGUUGGCUAUGCAAACGGACUAUCGGCAAUGCUUAGCACAUCUCGCCUACAGCCAUUGUAUGGUGCGGUCGAUGUGUUUGCCCGUGUUUUCACUCAAGCAACCGAUCUCCUUAAGAACAGCAGUACUUCCGAGCUUCGCGUUGCCAGUAUUCAAAUCCAAGUGGCUUGGAUUCUGAUUGGAGGCUUGAUGCCCCUCGGACCCAGCUUUGUCAAGAUCCAUCUCUCGCAGCUGAUGCUUCUCUGGAAGAACGCACUCCCCAAACACCUUGGAAAAAACAAUGCUGCUCAACCGGGCACACUCGAGAUCAGUUUCUUGACUCAUGUUCGUGAAUGUGCCCUCAGCUCGCUGCUUGUAUUCAUGGAAUUCAACAGCAAAUUGAUCACGUCUGAUGGCGCAAAGAGGAUUGCUGCUAUGUUGCAAAACACCGUUGAAUUUUUGGAUGAUUUGCCCAAGCCUAAGGCCAUGGAAGACCUCUCACAGCGACUACACCCUUCCCUUCAACUGCAAGAUUACACGACUAUGGUACGCCGACGUGUUUUGCAGUGCUUCUCCAAGCUUGUACAGGUGCAUCCUCUUAGUCACGGGGAUAUUAUCUCCCAGUCCAGUCUUCUCAGCUUGGCUAUCACAUCCUUUGCAGACCCUGACGCACAGUACAAGCACCUGGAAAGCUCGAUAUCUGGUUCUGCUGGGCAAUUUGAUGGUCUAUGGGAUCUUUGUGAUAACUAUGGAUUCGGAGUCACCGGACUCUCUCGGGAGUAUAUUCGUGCUACUCUUUCCGGAACACAGAAAGAUGACAGGGGACCUUCUUGGUCGGCCAUCGACUCUGUGGACCAAGUCGUUGACGAAGCUCUGACUUUCCCCAUCUGCCAAGCCAGCGAACAUGACGCACUCCUUUUGUACAACUUGCGAGAUGGCGACAAACUCGCCGUUGAUCCUCCGACUACCGGAGUUGUCAACUCGGCGAUUGAUUUGUUCUCCGUGGCCCUCUCGCUUCAUUCUCCCAAAAUCCAGGAAAGCAGUGUGGAGCAAAUUGCAACUUUCCUCACAUCGCCUAGUUUGCAAAGAAACCCUGGCAGAAAAGCAGCGUUGGUGAUCAACAUUUCAGUUGCUCUUUUGCAGACGCUGAAAGUGGCCGUCAAGGAGACGAGCUUCGUUGCUGGCAAGCUGAAUCCAUCCACUGACAAGAUCCUGCAAGAGAUUUUGCAGAAAUUUGUUAUUGAUGCUGAUCCGAUUGUACGCACCAUCGGUGUUGAGGCGUUGGGGCGACUCUGCGACAGUGCCGGAAACUCAUGCACCAACACCCAGGUCAACUGGCUGGUUGAUACUAUUGUCGAGAACAGAGAGCCCAACGCCAGAGCUGGAUGCGCCGCUGCGUUGGGUUGUAUCCAUGCCCAAAUUGGUGGAAUGGCCGCCGGUCUGCACUUGAAAACUAUUGUUGGUGUGUUGAUGUCUCUAUGCAAUGAUCCGCACCCCGUUGUCCAUUUCUGGGCCCUUGGUGGCCUGGAGAGAGUUGCCAAUUCAGCUGGUUUGACAUUCUCGCCGUUUGUCUCUGGCUCUUUGGGGAUGCUUUCCCAGCUAUACAACGCUGAUACACACAAUGAAGAAGCUUCUGCAUUGGCAACUUCCAACAUUGAGAUGUCUUUCCUGACACCUGUUGUGAUCAGUCGAUGUGUGGACUCUUUGAUCAACGUUUUGGGUCCAGAUCUGCAGGAUAUCGCAAAGACCCGAAAUCUUGUUUUGACACUGCUCCGCCAGUUCCAGUUGGAGGACAACCCGGCAUUGGUGACAGAGAGUUCCAAGUGCCUCGACCAUUUCUCACUUUAUGCAUCCAGCUUUGUGGAUUACUCGGGUUACGUGAAACGUCUACAGAGAGAGCUUCGAGCAAACAAUUUCUUGAUGCGGGAUGUUGCUGUUCGGGGCCUUAACAAUCUCAUGAAGCGCGAUGCGCCCUCUGUGAUGCAAACCGCAGGCCAGACAUUAGAAGAUGACAUUUGGCUUGCUUUUGAUGAAGCGCCAGACAACGUCUCACUCAAGUCAAUGAUUCAGGACUGGCUGCAGCAGACAGCACUAACAGAGACCGAGGUCUGGAUCCAGCGGUGUCAGAACAUCAUGACCAAGACCCGGCACAAGGUGGAGCCUCCACCCACCACAGCGGUCCAGGCUGCCGCGGCUGAUAUUCCCGACGACGAAGUCGCUGGAUUUGCCGCUGCCGAGGGCCAAGGUGACAUUGCAAACGAAAGCGUGUCUGGCCAAGAGCUACUGAAGUGGCAGACCCGCCAUUUCGCGAUCAGCUGUCUCUCCGAGCUGCUUGCGACUGUGCAAGAGGCGAUCCUACCAGACUCUGCCAUCCCUGCAGAGCUGGCCCUUCAGAAGAAUGUGGGAGAUAUUGUGAGAAUGGCCUUCUCCGCCUCCACUGCCAAUGUCAUUGAGCUGCGCGUGUGGGGCUUGAAAAUUAUCGACCAGGUCCUUACUAUGUUCGGCAAGACACCCGAUCCAGAUUUCGCGGAAGCCUCGCUGCUCGAGCAAUACCAAGCUCAGAUCAGUUCUGCUUUGACUCCUGCUUUUGCGGCUGACUCUUCUGCCGAGCUGGCUUCGGAGGCUAUCAAUGUGUCUGCUACAUUUAUUGCGACAGGAAUCGUCACCAACGUCGACCGCAUGGGGCGAAUUCUGAAGCUCCUGGUACUGGGUCUCGAGAAUUUCGCCAAGAACCCGGAGACAACGGAAAUUGGUGACCUUAAGGGUCUUAAUUCCAAUGCUCGUGUAAUGGUAAAACUCGCAUUGUUCUCCGCCUGGGCUCGACUUCAGAUUGCCAGCAUCGAUCAUGAGUAUUUGACACAGGUGGUUCAGCCCUACAUUGCAAGACUCACGCCUUUGUGGCUGUCAUCUCUGCAAGAAUAUGCGCGCUUGCGAUUUGAGCCGGAUAUCUCUGGUAGCUUGGGGACAAGCUCCAGUGGUGAUUUGGACGAGGUGUAUGCUGCGUUGAACCGUGAGACUUUGCUCAAGUUCUACCAAGACACAUGGCUGUAUUUGGUCGAUGCAAUUGCUGGUCUUGUUGAGAAGGACAUCGACUUCGUUUUCGAUGCUCUGGAUGGCAAGCUGCAAUUGCCCGAGACCAGCGAGGAAGGCGAGGAGAACAAGGAAUCCAAGGAUACCCCUAAGAUCGCGGAGCCCGAAGGCAAGGGACAUGACAUCAAUUACCGUGAAGAGCCCGUGGCAUUCUUCUUCGUGCUGUUUGGACUGGCAUUUGAAUCUUUGGUGGACCAGGGAACUUCGGCAUCACAGCGACUGGAGAUUCUUCAGGCCUUGAAAAGGAUCUUGAGACCAGUGAUCUCCGGAAAUGCCAUUUACCAAGAUGCAAUCUUCACCGAGACCAUGGAUUCCUUCGAUCGACUCGUCUUGACAGAGGCUACUCCUAUUCAGACCGUCAUCGUCGAAAUCGCUCAAAAUCUCUCGUUGGAUCAUCCAGCAGCGAAGGGUGAUCAGGAACGCAGUGAUCACUUGUCGGACGAUAUUGAGCAGCUCUUUGAGCUGACAAGAAGCAUCAUCCUUGUCCUCGCCGGAAUGCUUCCCAACCUCCGCGAGUCGACGCCUCUGGCACGGUUCAACAUCACCUCUGAGGAGUCCUUGACCCUGAUUCGUCUGGCGCUUCGGUCCUUGGUCGACGUUGCAUCGGUGUUCCCAUCGAUCAUUCGCAAUGAUCUUCAUGCUUGCAUCCUCCACAUCUUCACAACGAUCCUCGCCACAGGACUUUGCCAAGCAGGGGUUGUUCCUCAAGCCCUCCCCAUUUUCCGACAAUUCAUCCACGGCAUCACCCACACGACGGAAUCACCCGAUGACCUUGCCGUUGUAUCAUUCCAACUGCGUGGGUGUCUCACGCGCUUCCUCACCAUUCUCACCAUCGCCCAGCGACGGGAGUCCGAUAUCUCCGUCCCCUGUGCCAAGAACACGCUACUCGCCAUCACCUUCCUUCUCACUGCCGGCGGACAUGUCAUCCCCCCUCAGGACCCCAUCCUCAUUCGAGUCCUGAACGAACUCCUGGACUGCCUGCAGGAUGUCGGCCUCGCCACAGUAGCAGCCAGUUGCCUCCGCUCCAUCCUCGUCAAGCCAGGUCCCCGCUCCCCAACCGACGAAGUCAUCAGCCGAUACCUCACCCCGCGUCUGAUCGCUUUCUUCGUCGCCUGUCCUCUGGACAACGGCGAUCUCCCCAGCGACCCAGAAAACUCCCGCUCAGUGGUUGCCCGCACACUCGUCUCAACCAUCACCAACGGAACAUUCGCAACCACCGAGCUCCCUGCCGCCAUCUCCCUCGUCAUGUCUGCUUUGUUAGCCCGCGCCAAGCGGGAAGGCCAGUCCGUGCACCAGGAGUCUGCAGGCCAUCUCCUUGAACUUGCCAAAACCGAUCAACUCACGUUCCGGACUUUGGUGUCUACGAUGAACGCAGAGCAGAAGUCGCUUUUGGAGGAGGUUUUGCGUAGUGCUGGUGCUGGUGCUGUUGCUUCGAAGACUGAAGCUGCGGAUAAUACCCCUCAGGCUGCGCCGAGUAUUGCGUUGCGCAUGGAUUUCUGA